GGGCAAAGCAGAGACAGCCACAUCUUUCAUCUUGCCAAGGUCUUAUUUCGUUGCCAAGGUGAGGGCAUUCGAGUCGGAUGUCAUUCUCGAUUUUCAACAUACCAACAAAAAUGACAACGUCCAAAUUGGGAGCUCCGUGGUCGAUACGAAACCGGAGAUUUGUGAUAUAGCAACGGCUCAGGCCAUGUUGCGUUGGUGGAGGGUCCAAGUACCGACGGGAGAUGCACAAGGUCAAGAACCUCGGGAAUGUCACGGGAGGCUUGCAACAGGACGGGUCACGUGACGAGAAGCCAUUGAAACGAUGGCGUGUUUACACUCAAUGAGACCUUCUAGGAUGGAGGACAUCAUGAAUACAGGUGGUGGAGAUGCUCUUGUCCUGGACGAGCGAGGAGCUCAAAGACUGAAAUCAUCAUCAAGUCUGCGCAUUGACAUGAUAAAAACAGAAGAGGGAGAAAGGAAAAGCACGGGACCCUGUCAAAGUCAAAAGGUGCGGGUACCCGCCAAGUUCGGAGGUUUGUUGUGGGCUACUGUGCAUGUGUGGGUGGAAGCAAGGCGUGCAUUCGUGGGUGCUUUUGAGGCAGCGAGUUGGGGCUGUUAUGCUGUACAUCCAAGAGAUCACAGCUCCGUGUCCUGGGGUGACGAUGAUGAGGUUGUUCGAGUCGCGUCGCCUUCGCGAAACAGUUGAAACCAUGAUCCUUUAAAAAACGAUUGCUAAGCUGGUGGUUCAAAAACCCGGGCAUGGGCAGCCGCUGGCCCCGGUUGCAUGGUGGGCUGGCUGCUUGGCGACCCCUUUGAACGAGCUAGAGUAUUGCCACGUAAUGACGAGAGUUCAGACAGGGCUGUGAGUGAGCGAGAGCACCU